UCUCUCCUCUCUCUCCAAGCCAAAACCAAAACUAACCUCAGAAUUAAGUUUGUUCUUCUCUUCUCUUCUCUCAAGAGAAGAAAGAACAAACAAACAAAACAAACACAAAAAAUGAGCAAACUCAUUGAAGACCCCUAUGGAGUCCCAAGAAUAGUCUCCAUCCUCUCCUCCCUCCUCCAACGUGUCGCCGACCGCAACGACGCAACCCGACCCGGCCUGUUAAGGCCCACCACGGCUUGCUCAGCAUUCCAAGGCCUCUCAAAGCCUUCAAUAUCAGUGAGAGGAUACUUGGAGAGGAUAUUUCGGUAUGCCAAUUGUAGCCCGUCUUGUUAUGUGGUUGCUUAUAUUUACCUCGAUCGGUUUCUUCACCGGAAUCCGGCGGUCUCCAUUGAUUCCUUCAAUGUUCACCGGUUUAUUAUCACCAGCGUUCUUGCCGCGGUCAAGUUCAUGGAUGACAUAUACUACAACAACACCUAUUUUGCAAAAGUUGGAGGCAUAAGCUUGAUGGAGAUGAACUACUUGGAAGUGGACUUCCUGUUUGGAGUGGGAUUCGAGCUCAACGUAACUCCGGUUACAUUCAACUCCUACUGUUCUAUUCUACAGAAAGAAAUCUAUGCGUCAGAUUUGAGUCAAGCACCACCGAGAGCAAUUCUCUGCUCAUUGUCUGAGGAUGAGCCUAGCAGCUGCCAGCAGCAGCAGCAGCAAACUCAGCAGCUGGCCGUGAGAGAAGUGUUUGGUACUUAGUUUAGAGAUUGGUGUAGGAUUGUUAGAUAGUCAUUUCGUUUCUUGAAAUUUUUUUUCUUUUCUUCUUCAUUGGACUUUCAUUUUGAUUACUUUUUGGGGUUUUCUGUAUUUUUUUUUUUUAUUAAUGGUUGGUGGUGUGUACAGAUUGGGACUUUUGUUGCUUGAAACGGUGUGGACAUGUUUUCUCAUCCACCGGGUGAGCUCUCAAAUGCCAGCAUUAUUCUCUUUGCUUGUCA